AUGUCUAAUAGCAUAUCUAGAAAUGAGAUAUUUUUAGGUGGUAGAAAUACAAACUUAGAUAAGCAAAAGGAACAUAUAAAUUCAUUACGUCAAUCUAUUUGUGAAGUAAAGUCUAUUGCAAAAAAUAAUAUUCGUAAGGUUGCGGAAAGAGAUGAAAAACUUGAAAUAUUAUCAAAAAGCAUAGAUAAUUUUAAAGAAACAACGGAACAAUUUAGUAACAAUGCAACAAAAUUAAAAAAAAAAAUGAUUACACAAAUGUACAAUUUAAUUUUUGUUGUCGCAGUAGUAUUUGUAUUAAUUGCCUGUGGCAUUUUAUUUAGUAUAAAAUUAACUUAA